AUGAAUACGAACCAACAAUACGAACGACCCCAAUCCUCCAGCGGCUCCGCCGUAGGAAGUGCAUCCUCAACGGGGGCCCCCGGCCUCCCCACCGGCCUCCGAGACACACGAUCCCAAUACAACUCGACAAAAGGCGUCAAUCCCUCCACAGGAGCCACCUACUCGAAAUCUUCAGGCGGGGGACCAACGCAAACGCGGCAGCGCCCGCUCUCGCCCUCGCCGUCGAGAAGUGACGACCGCAUUGUCACAGACGAGCCGCUCCCGUACACGGCUAGUACGGCGCAGCGGGCCGAAAUCCAGGACCAUUCGGCAUCGGGAUCACGGCCAGCCCGGGCUGGCGAUAAGGUUGGGAAGGGUGUUGUCGGUGUUGCUGCUACGAUUCAUGGGGCUGGAGAGUCAUUGCGUGGGGCCAUAAAUACGGCUAUCGACCGAACUUUGGGAUCUGAGGAGAGGGCGGAGCGGAGUCAGGAAAUUGCUGAUAAAGGGGCAGAGGAGAUUCGAACGAAGAGGUUUGUUAAAUAG